UGCGCCCUCGUACUAUCGUGUGAUCGAUCUGACAAUGGAUGCUAUUCUUGCUCUUGAGGAGCUUCAGAUAACUUUCCCCAAUUCGGACUCGGAGAAAGAGGUUGUGAUGGAGGCGUUUAAGAACAUCAGCAGUGGUGGUACACCAACCCUUGCUGAUGCUGGCGAAGUCGGUGUGGGUCGCUACUAUAGUGGUCAUUACGCCUGCCCUGGCAUUAAUGUACAAGCCGUUUGUGAUGCUCACUGUCGGUUUAUUGCAGUCGAUGCUAGUUUUCCAGGUAGCACCAAUGAUGCCCGUGCAUUUCGUGACACUGGUGUCUCCAGGGCAUUGAAUAAUCUUCCUACUGGGAUGUACAUUAUUGGAGACAAUGCUUACUCUGUAGGUGAGCAUUUACUCACGCCGUUUUCUCGCAACCAGAUAAUGGAUGAGUAUCAUGACUCGUUCAACUUUCACGCUAGCCAAUUGAGAAUACGGAUCGAAAUGGCAUUCGGACUUCUAACGACGAAGUGGAGAAUUUUCAGGUUUCCAAUAGAGCGUAACUUAGUCAACGCCACGAAGGCCAUAUACAUCGCUAUGGUGCUCCACAACUACGUUAUCAACAAGCGCAUGGCCAACGACAACGACUAUUGCGUUUUUGAUGAGACUAUCCGACCGCUUCGGAUACCAAGCCGAACUCGAAAGUUCAAUGAUGUUGCCAAUCUGAUGGGGUACAUGUCAAGUGAUCUUCGAGUCGAAGAAGGGCGCAGCAGUAUGAGGGACUUCAUUGUGGAAACACUUCGAGCGAAUCAAUCCGUUAGACCCCAGUAUAACAAACGUCGCAACGCUGAGUAG